GUCUGUUGGGUAGCGGUUGCCCAUCUAUGUGGAGGUCGGUCAUUGGCCUGUGGAGACCAGUGACACUUACCGCUGACAGCUUCUUUUUUCUUUUUAAUUCUUUUUGUUUUUCCUUUCUUGUGUUCAUAAGUGGGACUUGUUAAUAAUAGUAAGUAACACUCCAUUAUAGUUAUAAUCCUUUCUUUCACCACAACAGAGAAACUCGAACACUUCCCGCGAAAUACAGUUAUUAAACAGGUCCUUUAAUGGGCAAGAAACAGAACUUGGAUUGGACAUCAAGGUCCAUUUCAUCUUCAGGAAGUGAAAGAGUUUCUCUCUUGUCAAAAGAGGCACGAAGGAAAGCAAAUGAAGAUCAAUCACCAGAUGGUUCUCCAAACGACCUUGAACUUGGGGAUGGAGUGGAGGCAGCAAAUGUUGGAUUUGGUAGAGUUUUUUCACUGGCGAAACCUGAUGCUGGGAAGCUAGCAGUUGGCACUAUUGCGCUGCUGAUAGCAUCCACAUCAAGUCUUCUAAUUCCUAAGUAUGGAGGAAUGAUCAUAGACAUUGUAUCAAGAGAUAUAAAGUCUCCUGAAGAGCAGUCAGAAGCUUUGGACGCAGUCAAGAAUACCAUACUGGAUAUAGUGUUGAUAGUUGUAAUCGGUUCUGUGUGCACUGCACUUCGAGCAUGGCUUUUUGCUUCUGCUAGUGAAAGAGUUGUGGCUCGUUUGCGGAAGAACUUAUUUAGCCACCUAAUCAAUCAGGAAAUAGCCUUCUUUGAUGUUACUCGAACAGGGGAACUUCUCAGCCGGCUGUCAGAAGACACCCAGGUCAUAAAAAAUGCUGCAACAACCAAUCUUUCUGAGGCUCUCCGUAAUGUAACCACUGCAUUAAUUGGUGUUGCCUUCAUGUUUACGUCAUCAUGGAAAUUAACAUUGCUGGCUUUGGCUGUUGUACCACUCAUUUCAAUUGCUGUAAGAAAAUUUGGGCGCUAUGUUCGUGAUCUUUCACAUGCAACUCAAGCUGCAGCUGCAGUAGCUGCUUCAAUAGCUGAGGAAUCCUUUGGGGCCAUCCGAACGGUUAGAUCUUUUGCUCAAGAAAGUUAUACAAUUUCAAGAUAUUCAGAAAAAGUUGAUGAGACACUGAAGCUGGGACUCAGACAAGCAAGAGUGGUUGGUCUAUUCUUUGGAGGACUAAAUGCAGCAUCCACUUUAUCUGUCAUCAUUGUGGUAGUUUAUGGUGCAUACCUUACGAUAAUAGGCUCCAUGACUGCAGGCUCUCUUACUUCCUUCAUUCUUUAUAGUCUCACAGUUGGUUCUUCAGUAUCUUCUCUGUCAGGAUUAUAUACAACUGCAAUGAAAGCUGCUGGGGCAAGUAGGAGAGUUUUUCAGCUUUUGGAUCGCAUCUCAAGCAUGCCAAAAUCUGGAGACAAGUGCCCAAUAAUUGAUCCAGAUGGUGAUGUAGAGUUGGAUGAUGUCUGGUUUGCUUAUCCUUCCCGCCCAAGUCACAUGGUGCUCAAGGGUAUAACAUUGAAACUAAACCCAGGCUCAAAGGUUGCUCUUGUUGGUCCAAGUGGUGGUGGCAAGACAACAAUAGCAAAUUUAAUUGAAAGGUUCUACGAUCCUCUCAAGGGAAAGAUUUUGCUAAAUGGGGUUCCCCUAGUGGAAAUAUCACAUGAGUAUCUUCAUAGCAAGGUCAGUAUAGUUAGCCAGGAGCCAGUUCUCUUCAAUUGUUCUAUUGAAGAGAACAUUGCCUACGGAUUCAAUGGUAAAGCUAGUUCUUCAGACGUAGAAGCUGUAGCAAAAAUGGCUAACGCCCACGAAUUCAUAGACAAGUUUCCUGAAAAGUAUCAAACAGUGGUUGGUGAACGUGGCUUAAGGCUGUCAGGAGGCCAAAAACAAAGAGUGGCAAUUGCAAGAGCACUAUUGAUGAAUCCAAAACUUUUGCUAUUAGAUGAAGCCACAAGUGCUCUGGAUGCAGAGAGUGAAUACCUUGUUCAGGAUGCCAUGGAUUCUCUGAUGAAGGGUAGGACUGUUCUUGUUAUAGCACACAGGCUGUCAACUGUCAAAAGUGCAGACAUAGUUGCUGUCAUAUCAGAUGGGCAGAUAACUGAAAGCGGCACCCAUGAAGAGCUUCUCAGGAAGGAUGGCAUUUACACUGCACUAGUUAGGAGACAGCUACAAGAACCCAACAGUGCACUCUAGUUUUGGAAAGGCAACCAACUCCUUUCAGAAAAAAGAAAAUAGAGAGAAAGAAACAGAAACAAUGGCAUGAUUGCCUAAAUGUUGUACUUAUGAAGCUUGUCAUUGUGCAAAUAGUUCUCAAUCAAUGUGGAUCCUUGUAAUUUUGAAUCCCAAAUGAAUUAGUGAUGUUAUAAGGGCACAUCAUAAAUUGUUAAGGUCAAGAUGGACAAUUAUUUAUUGAGUAUUUAUACUCUUAAAAUGCUA